AUGCUGGCGAAAUCUUUGGUCGUUCUCGCUGCCAUUGCGGCGAGCAUUCUUAAUCCGGUCUUGGGAGCCCCGGCUCUUGAUGUCGGACUCACCGAGCCCCAGGCUGAGCCCAAAUAUGUCUUCGCCCACUUCAUGGUCGGCAUCGUCGAGAAUUAUCAACUGGAAGACUGGAUUACCGACAUGAAAGCCGCACAAGCCAUCGGGAUCGAUGCAUUCGCACUCAAUUGCGCCAGCAUUGACAAGUACACCCCGACGCAGCUCGCCCUCGCAUACCAAGCUGCCCAACAAGUCAACUUCAAAGUAUUCAUCUCGUUUGACUUCGCCUACUGGAGCAACGGCGACACGGCCAAGAUCACCGCUUACAUGCAACAAUACGCGAGCCACCCAGCGCAGAUGCAAUAUCGCGGCGGGGCAGUCGUGAGCACCUUCGUCGGGGACAGCUUCAACUGGGGCCCCGUCAAGCAAGCUACCUCUCAUCCUAUCCAUGCCGUGCCUAACCUCCAGGAUCCUGCUGCUUCUUCUAGCAAUGCCCAACGGGGCGCCGAUGGAGCUUUUUCAUGGUACGCCUGGCCAACAGACGGGGGCAACAGCAUCAUCAAAGGGCCAAUGACAACAAUCUGGGAUGACCGAUUUAUCAAAGAUCUCGCGGGCACAACAUAUAUGGCGCGUGAGUUACUCCUCAACAAAAUACACUGUGCCAUGCUAAGGUCUGCUAGCGGUUUCACCAUGGUUUGCUACGCACUUCAACAGCAAGAACUGGGUGUUCAUAUGCGAGAACCUGCCCACCCUACGUUGGGAGCAGAUGCUAACGAUGAAGCCAAGUCUUGUCGAAAUAAUCUCGUGGAACGACUACGGCGAAUCGCACUAUAUCGGUCCCUACAGCGCCAACCACAGCGACGAUGGCUCUUCGAAAUGGGCCAAGGGCAUGCCACACGAUGCCUGGCGCGACCUUUACAAGCCUUACAUCGCCGCAUAUAA